UCUAACUGAGUGCCUCUCCGCGCAGUCUGUACUCUUCAAGCCCCAUCAAACACGAGUCCGUCGGUCUGGCUGCGCAAGGCAACUGAACACUACGAGCACCGAGUGGUUAUUCCAGCCCAAACCUCCAACUUAGCAAACAGUGUUAGCUCUAAAUAUCAUACCUGUCCGUCGGUAAGCGCUGCACUUUGCUUUCCGCUUCCUUCUGAGGACUUCAACUCGCGCUGGUCAAAUUGUCGGCAGACCAAAUACGGGAGAAAUAAAACGAAAUAACGGACACGUCUCGGCUGAAAUGCACGGCUGUUGUUACUGUCUUUUGAGGAGGAGGGUGUCCGACACAGAGCUGUAGUUUCUCUUCCAAGAAGGCGAGGAAUGCAAGCUGAGCAUCAAUGUUUCACUGGGGCAAGUGGAAGAAGAGGAUGGGAGCCAACAGUUCUUCAAAGAGACCCGUUUUCGACGAAAAGGAAGAUGUAAACUUUGACCACUUCCAGAUACUGCGGGCCAUCGGGAAGGGGAGCUUUGGAAAGGUAUGCAUUGUACAAAAGAGGGACACCGAGAAGAUGUACGCCAUGAAGUACAUGAACAAACAGCAGUGCAUAGAGAGAGAUGAGGUCCGAAACGUCUUUAGAGAGCUUGAGAUCCUACAGGAAAUUGAACAUGUUUUUUUAGUAAAUCUCUGGUACUCGUUCCAGGACGAGGAGGAUAUGUUCAUGGUUGUGGACUUGCUGCUGGGAGGAGACCUCCGCUACCACUUGCAGCAGAACGUCCAGUUCAGCGAGGACGCAGUCAGACUCUACCUCUGUGAGAUGACGCUGGCGCUGGACUACCUGCAGAGCCAGCACAUCAUCCAUAGAGAUGUCAAGCCAGACAAUAUCCUAUUGGAUGAACAAGGUCACGCUCACCUGACGGACUUCAACAUAGCAACAAUAAUAAAAGACGGAGAGAGAGCCACAGCCUUAGCUGGAACCAAGCCCUACAUGGCCCCAGAGAUCUUCCAGUCUUUUGUGAGUGGAGGGACGGGCUACGCCUUUGAAGUAGACUGGUGGUCACUAGGGGUGACGAUCUUCGAAGUGCUGCGCGGAUGGAGGCCGUAUGACAUCCACGCCAGUAACUCGGUGGAAUCGCUGAUUCAGCUCUUCAGUACCGUCAGUGUCCAGUACAGCCCAGCCUGGCCCAAGGAUCUGGUUUCACUAUUGAGGAAGCUACUGACAGUGAACCCAGAGCAUCGUUUCUCCAGCCUGUCUGACAUGCAGACCGCUUCCUACCUCGCUGACGUCAACUGGGACGCUGUGUAUGAGAAGAAAAUGGAGGCUGGAUUUGUUCCCAAUAAAGGUCGCCUACACUGCGACCCCACCUUCGAGCUGGAGGAGAUGAUCUUGGAGUCACGUCCUCUUCACAAGAAGAAAAAGAGGCUGGCAAAGAACCGAUCACGAGACAACAGCAAGGAUUCACAGUCUGAGAACGACUAUCUACAGGAGUGCCUUGAAGUGGUGCAGCAAGAGUUCAUGAUCUUCAACCGAGAGAAGUUGAAAAAACGUCAGGAGGAGGGUCAGUCAGAGGCCGGGAAUUAUGACGCUAGCGGCGACGGGGACGGAGAGGCAGAAAGCGGAGCCGUCGAUGAUGACGCGAACGAGCCAGAACCAGGACCGGAAGCUGAACCCGAGCAGGCGCCCGAGUCUGCCUCCAAACUGAGCAUGUGCGGCUCAGUGUGUUCCUCCCCCGGCAGCUGCUAGCGCCACAUCGCCUCACAGUGACGAUGGCAGCUCUCUCUGGCGGCUGCGGUGUUUGUGCCAUGCCAAUAGAUACCUUCUCACCUCUCUCUCAUGUCGUAGCCUACAGCAGAGGAAAAUGACAGCGUGGCAACUUGGCGCACAGCAGCAGCUCCCAUAACGGUUCCCCUCAUUUACGCCCCCUGCCCCCCAUAGCAUCUUUUUGGUAAGGCAUGAAUGAAGCGGAAUCCCAGAGAGUCCCUGCCUAUUGUACCUACCGCCCUAGAGUAAGCUCCAACUUCUAUGCAAUGUUACAGUAUAGCAUGACAAAUAAUAAGGUAUCACUUACUAGGAGGUGUCGUUCCAUAAGCAGAAAGCCACACGAGCAUGAUGACAUCCCGAGCAAUAGCAGUCUAUGGCUUUUUGAAUGAAGUUAGUGGUUUUGGUGGAGGUGCCUCCCUUUAUUAUCCCUGUUCCAGAUCCGAUGGGGGACGACUGAAUUAUUCAGCACACGAAGGCACUCGGUUUAUUUUAUUGCCUGUGUCUUCAGUUCACUCUUCCCCCACUUUCAUGUGAUGUGUGCCCUAAUUUGGAACAUUUUUUUCCUCCUGGAGCGCCUUCCUCUUGUUGCAACACCUUCCUGUGAUACAUUUCCAGUAAGUGUUGAUGGCUGUCUGCAGUCAGCAAAGACAGUGUGACUGGUUUCAUGUUGUAAACCUGUUUAAAGUUGUGCCUGUUGAUGAUGAUCGGUAUUUGUUAAUCACACCGUAGCCAUGGAUGCGUUAUAGGGCAGAUUUUCCUCUUUUAAGUCUUAACCAGCUAGCUGUUUUUUCUUUUUCCCCCUUCAGGCCUUUUUAGGAGGAGAAGGUACUGAAGUUAAAAUCAGUCCAGCAAUCAGAAUGAAAAGUUGUGCUUGUCACUGUGUCCAAAAUGCUUACGAAGAUUUAGUAUUUUAGCCCUGCACCAAGCUCUGACCCAAAGAGGGUUCUGAAACUCAGCUCACUGCCAACAAUGGCAUCCUUUACAAAUCUAUAAGAAAGCUCUGUUUGCUUUACUAGACUUCAUCAUCUUGUUAAGUGCUUAGUUUAGGAUAAAGAUCAUCUCCCUGUAGAGGUUGGUUUGGGGUAGCUGUGCCCUGUCGGUACGUCAAACUGCAUAGAUGAGCUACUCUUUGAUUGUCGUAGUGAGAGUGGUACAUUUUAGGGUGGCGCCGUUAAUCUCAGUCUGAGAAUAUGUAGCAAAAGACCACCUUAAAAACCCGAAGGCCUAACGAAUUGAAAAACCGUGUAAAUAGCAUACAGUGUAGGUAAUUAAACUGACCACAGUUUUAUGUGGGACUGCUAACUCGACGUGUAAACUUAAGGAAGAGCUGUGUGAAGCUUCACACCACUUCAUCCCGCUCUUCUUUCCAAGUGUGCAGGCACAACUUGUAGGCAAUAUAUGCCAAAGCUUUUCUACCAUUUGCAACCAUUUCUAAGGAACUUUGAGUGUGUGAAUGUAUGUCUCUUUAUCCUUCUGAUAACAUAAAGUCAGUUAUUUCUGCAAGUGAAGACAUCGUAAUUUAUACAAUCAUAAUGUGAUGAUGUGCAAACUGUCUAUUUCAGGUAAUGCAUCUUGGGAAAUACACCUGUUUGCUGUCUUGAUGCAGCAUUUGACUGACCUUUGGGGGUUGGAGCCACAAUUUAAUGUUGCACUCAGUUAAUUUUGUGCCAUCGCCUGCUGUAAUGUUAAUUGUGAGGUGCAGACAGAACAGUGUUGGCCUAAGUGCAUCUCUGCACUCCCACUCUGCUCGGUCAACGAAUGGUCUAGCCUCCGCAGUGUAAUUAGUGGACAUGAGUGAAAUAUCACAUGAACAGGUAAAACAGUAUUAGCUACAAUAUUUGCUUCACUCUUUCUUUACUUUUGCCUAAACAGCCAACAGAAACAGUUAAUGCCCAGCUAUUAACCAACUUGAUGACUGAAGCUUUUGUAUUUUAAAAAAAAUUUGUUCUUGUGCCCAACAGGGGGAUUAAUUUAGGCCCAGUGGCUUUCCGGGGAAGAUCGAUACUCAUGUCUUUGUUUUAAAUAAAGAGCUAGAGUCAGGUAGUGAUUAGCCUAGCUUAACAUAAAGAGUAGCCACAGGGCAAAACACCUUACCAAAACCUGUAAAAGCUUAGAAGUUAGCAUUUGUUUUGUGUGAUUAAUUCUUAUAUAAAUAUUAAUGUAGUGUUAAUGUGCUCUGCUGGUUAAACAGCUAGAUGUAGUGAAUGAGUGGUCCGUAAAGGAUGGAUAAAACGUUCAACAUAUAGCUACACCACUAACUGGGCUGCUGAACCACCAAUGGUUUGAUUUAGUUUCCAGUCUGAAACAUCACAUGCAGAUUGUAAGAGAGCCAGAUGGAUCUGUACAGCAGGCUGUGGAGGGAUUUCAGGCUGAUGGUCAUGUGGCUGGCAAGAGUUGUGAUUUUGCUGGCAGGGCAGCUCUAGCUUUGUAACGUCUUUCUGUUUUUAAAGCUACAAAUAAGAACUUGAUAAAUUCUGUGUUAAUGUUCUUUCAGUGUUAUAAUGUGAGAGUUGCCUAGUAACAGAUUGUUCUAACAUAAUUAUGAAAAAAAGCCAAAUUCCGAUACAUUUUAUUCAAGUAAUGUCACUUGAUAGUAAAGUGUUACCAGUUGACAUGUUUCAAAUGGAAACUUGAAUAUCAAUCUAACAUGAAAUAUAUAAAGCACACAGAGCUCCGUAUAGUCUACUGUAAUAAUACAUAGCUCAUUAGUUCAGGUGUGGGCUUCUUCACUAUUAGUCUCAUAUGACAGAUCGAUGUGUUAGCCUAGCUCACAGUGAAUAUUUUUUCUAGGAGCGGAGUCGUUUUAUUACAGUUUCAUGCAUGCAGGGUUGAAAAAUAUUUACAGUGUUCACAGUAACUCUGAUAUGAUGUGAACAUAGCAUUAACCUCUAUCAGAAGAGACAAAAGACAGUAUCAUAUUUGGCUUAUGACAUGUUUGCUCUUAGCUAGCUUGCUAACAUUGGACACUAGGAUACGGAGACUUGUGAUUACAGCUUUUUCACACCAGCCUUUUUAAUAUGAAAUACCAGGUAAACAUGUUCUACAAAUGACAUUAAUGAAGGUUCUGUUAUUUUAACUUUGAAAAGCUUUAAUUAAUGUGAUAAGUUGACCUAUGUUUAUUUAGCAUUUUAUGCUGUGUAGUCACCAUAGCUAAUUUUAAGCUUACCUAAUAGCUGAUACUUUCAAAACGCAGGCUGACUGCUUGAUAAAGUUUUUUUUUUUGUUUUUAAAUAAAAUGGAUCUAUUAUUAAGUGCUUGUUGAAUUUUCAAACCUCCAAUAAAACUCAGACAAGUAGGAAGUUGAUAAAAUUAUGUAACUUCCACUGUUAAGCUAGGCUAACGGUUCCCCACCUCUAGCUGUACAGUUGACGCUCAAACGUGACAGAUGCUUUGACCUUGUUCCCAAAGGGAAAGCAAAUAGGUGUGUUUCCCAAAAGUAAGCUGUUUCUUUAAAACACUACAUUAUGAUUAGAUUAAGAAGCUUUCUUAAAGAGACAUGAAAUGUUAUCUUCCAAGUCUGCCAAAACGUGUGAGAAAUUGAAUAGUCUUGAGCCCUGUGCUUUUAUUUUUGCAUGUACCUUUACAGUAUAAGCCUGUUUUUGCCAAAGCCUGGAGCUUGAGCCCUACCGGCUGAUUUGUGCAUGCACAAGCUUUUGGUAAUAGCAUACCUCGACGCUCACCUGAUUAUCGACACAGUCCAAAAUCAGAGUAUAACCGGCCUGCGUGACUGUUUACUUUAAGCUGUACAAAUCGUAUAAUCCCAGUGUUACAUGGACGGCAUGAUAUUUUAGAUGAUAUGCAGUACCUUUUUGACAUCCUGUAGGUUGUCUUAAUGCUUUGUUCCAAGUAUACAGGCUCGUACCCUCAUGGUGAGUGGAAUGAGGUCAGCAGCUGUGUGUCUGUUGUGGAUUAAGUGUUGCAUUGUUGUCUCUGCAGCAGAAGAUGAAGAUUUGAAACUGGGGCAAGUUUUCACUUCACCUCAAUACAGAAAUUGCUGCAUUAAAAAAGAAAAAAACAAAAAACAAAACUGAUUGUCUCCAUUUGUGGUUAUUUCUCAGACUCUGUCGGCACAGCAUCAGACUCAUCGUAGGCCUGAGGAGCGUGUGGGAAAAAUGUGUUAAUUAUGUAAAUGGAAAAUAUUUGAUUUUAACAGUUGAUUUAGGCGUAGCUUUUCUCAAAGUUACACCAAACUAAUCUAGACUUUUGUUCCUUGAUAUCAGUGAUCAUUCCUACUUGGAUCGUGCUUGCAAACCCUCCCGACAUAUUUCUUCAUGUAUUAAUGUUCUGUGUUUUAAAACGAGCCAUCGUGCUAUAGGGUUUGACCAGCAGCAGCAUGUCUCAACCAUUUUCUCACCGACUCUUUUGAGAUUCUGUAGGUGUCUUAAGUCUGUGGUUACAGUUUGAAACUCAGUGCCCCAUCAAGAAAAGAAAUCAAGAAGAAAAAUGUGAUCCAUGCCACUCGUUUCCUCCCUUAUGAUCCUACUUUGCAUAAUGUUCUUGUGCUGCAGGAUUUUUACAGGGAAUCAGUAAAAGGCCUUGUUGCUGAAACGGAAACUGCUCCGUGUGUUCAGAAAACAUGCUGCUUCAAUCGCUUUGAUAAUGAAAAUAAAUCUCCUUCCAGUAAUUUGGUGUGUGUGUCAUUUUUACCCAAAUGCAGCUUUAAUGGCAAAGUUUGUUUGCGGACAGUAGGG